GACUUUCCUCCCAAAUCCAACUCAUCUCAGCUCCCACUAGAAAACUUCAACCCGCUGCCUGCUGCCCACAGAAAUUCUCCAUUCAAAAAGGAGGCUGCUCCGCUUAACAAGCAGGCUUUGCUCUGCCCGAAAUCUCUCGCUCCCAUCAAUGGCGUCGUCGACCGCCUGAGAAUCUCCCCAGCUCCGUUGGCGGCGGCGCGACUCCGCACCGGGCUCGCGACUCUUCGCCGCUGGGAGGAGGAAGUGGAGGAGGAAGGGAGGCCGCGGAGAUGGUGGGGGGUGGCGGCGGCGGCGGCGGGGCGCUGCGGCGGGUGGGCAAGUACGAGGUCGGCCGGACCAUCGGGGAGGGCACCUUCGCCAAGGUCAAGUUCGCACAGAACACCGAGACCGGGGAGAGCGUCGCCAUGAAGGUGCUCGACCGCUCCUCCAUCCUCAAGCACAAGAUGGCCGAACAGAUUAAGAGGGAGAUAUCUAUAAUGAAGCUUGUCAGGCAUCCCAAUGUUGUUAGGCUACACGAGGUUCUGGCAAGCCGGAAGAAGAUAUUUAUAAUCCUGGAGUUCAUCACUGGUGGCGAACUAUUUGAUAAAAUUAUUCGUCAUGGGAGACUCAAUGAAGCAGAUGCACGCAGAUACUUUCAGCAGCUUAUUGAUGGUGUCGAUUUUUGUCACAACAAAGGAGUCUACCAUCGAGAUCUGAAGCCCGAAAAUCUCCUCCUUGAUUCCCAGGGCAAUCUUAAAAUUUCAGACUUUGGAUUGAGUGCAUGGCCUGCCCAGGGAACUUCCCUUCUACGUACAACCUGUGGAACACCAAAUUAUGUUGCCCCAGAGGUUCUCAGUCAUAAAGGAUAUAAUGGAGCACUUGCUGAUACAUGGUCAUGCGGAGUUAUUUUAUAUGUACUGUUAGCAGGUUAUCUUCCAUUCGAUGAAGUGGACUUGACUACCCUUUAUGGAAAGAUAGAGAGUGCAGAAUAUUCAUUCCCACCCUGGUUUUCAGGUGGCGCAAAAUCACUGAUUCGUAGAAUUCUUGAUCCAAAUCCAGAUACUCGAAUCCGGAUAGAAGAGAUCAGAAAUGAUGAAUGGUUUCAGAAGAAUUACGAACCUAUCAAAGAAAUAGAAAGUGAAGAAGUCAACCUUGAUGAUGUUAAUGCAGCUUUUGAUGAUCCUGAGGAGGAUAAAGAGGAUGCUUUUGAUGAUGAAGCAGGUCCUCUGACACUUAAUGCAUUUGACCUAAUCAUUCUUUCACGAGGAUUGAAUCUUGCAGCCCUCUUUGAUCGUAGACAGGACUAUGACAAGCUUCGAAAUAGAUUCUUAUCGUGCAAACCACCUAAGGUUAUCUUAUCAAGUAUGGAGGUCGUUGCGCAAUCAAUGGGUUUUAAGACACACAUCCGCAAUUACAAGAUGAGGGUGGAAGGUCUAAAUGCGAACAAGACUAGUCAUCUCUCAGUUAUGGUUGAAGUUUUUGAAGUUGCUCCAUCAAUCUUCAUGGUAGAACUACAAAGAGCAGCCGGAGAUACUUCAGAGUAUAACACGUUUGUAAAUAACUACUGCAGCAAAUUAGAUGAUAUCAUCUGGAAAUAUCCCACUGAAAAGGGCAAGUCAAGGAUAUCCCGGUUAUCAAAGUGCUAAUUUGUCCUCAACCUCCAUCAUACGUCUCAUGCAUAGUCAAGUGCUUUGUUGUAUCAAGUAUCAACUUGAUGAGUGGAUGUAUCUGUGGGGUGUAUCACAAUUGAUCUCUAAUAUUCUAGUUUUAGGAGUUGAUCUUCGAGUAGUAUGCCAUCAUUGUAUAUUGAGAGUACCCAUGUACAAAGAGGCCACAUCCUGUAGGGGUUUCGGUACCUCAGUUUGUCUGUACAAUAUUUCCAGCGAUGUGUUCGAUUCUGUAGAUUUAGUCGAAAACAUUGCUUGGUUGUAAACAUUGCCCUAGUGUAUUAUGUGUGUCUGUAUCGAAUGUCAGAUUCCUAUUUAUUCAUGUUGAUAGAACA